UGUCGUAUAUAUACAUUCAAUUGCUCAUUACAAACCGCAAGAGUAUGAGUGUGCGACUAUAAUACUAAGAGUUGUUUAAGCAUUCCUUACAUAGUUAAUAAGAGAUAGGAAUUCAACAGGAAUUUAAUACUUUACUUGUGCUAUGAGAUAAGAAAGCUAAACCUGUUGCAUUUUGGAAUUGUUAAACGUACUGACAAAUUGCAAAUAUGCUUUUAAGUUCUGUAAAUUUCGUUGCCAAGCCAAAGGCAGGAAAAAACAAGGAUAAGGCUGACAAGAAAACGGACAAAAAUAUCGAAGAGCCACAAUAUGGUGUUCCUAAAGUCUGCAAGAAGUGUUUAAAAGAGAUUGAAGAUGAGAAAACGAUCUUCCGGUUCCCAACCUCAUCCUCCUUCGGGUCAGGGGUCAGCUUCAAUACAUCAGGCUAUGCCAGCGAAGAAAACCUUGACCUUAGUCAUUAUCCAGGAGAGCGAGUCAACAUAGCAACAGUAGACGACCUUUGCCUGUCCGUUGAACAGUUUUACUAUACCAUUGGUCUACGUGACAAGUCAAGGUCGGACAGUACCUGUAUAUUUCGGAAGAAAGUUCUAGAAAGUCGGCCACUGCCCAAUGGUCAUGUCGAAACGGUUGUAUUUGCAUUAGACUGUGACCAGGAAUUCUAUUUGACAGCGUCUAAAAACAGAGAUUUGGAACUGAAUUAUUACGCUGCCAACCCAUGUCUUGAAAGUCCAGAUGAUCGAAUGUUUCUGAUAUAUUUCACGGAACUUGGGCAUUGCUUCAUCCAACCAAAACUGCUCAAAAAUAUGUACUUUCACCACAUCGACCAAUCACUGAGCAUUCAGCCAUUGGACUUGAAUUGGAGAUGCCCAGAGGAGUACUUCUUUCACUUCAGUGCAGUACCCGAGCCAUAUGUACGACCAAAAUCUGACAUCAAAGUAUGCAUGCACACACCUGAAUACUCGGAAAACGAAGUUGAUAAGAAGAGCACAGAAACACUAGUUGAAUCCAGUACACAAUCUCUUGUGAAGACAAUAACUGCGGAAGUGAUAAAACAUAAAAUUAGGAACGAAAUUCCCGUGCAGCCACUGUCCAGAAAACCUCAAAAAGGAAGGCGAUUGUUAUCAGAUUUACUUUUCGGAUGUUUUAGUGGCAAAAGCACUAAAUUAACUACAACGGAAGUUUGAAACAUUUCAGUGGUUUUAGAGAUCGUUAUAUUUAUCAUAGUGCUAUAAAUUCCGUCCAUAAUACAUGUAAAAUUUCAUACAUUUCAUAAGGUGCUUAUUUAUUGUUGUGUCCUUGGCCGCACAAAAUACAUUGAUAGUAGAUUUGUGAUAAAAGUUUUCUCGAUUAAUAAUUAGUCAAAUGUUUCAGACUCGUUUUAGCUAACAACUAAACUGAUUUACAUGUAUUUUAGUUUAGAUAGUGGUGUAUCCGAAAGCCACUGCAGUUUCCAGUUAGUACAAAAUACUUUUACGCGAAUAAUACUUAGAGAAAAUACUAUUUACAAAGAAAUACUGAUUCAGAAAGGAAAUAUUUCAUGUAUCUUACAUCUUUAGACGUAUAUCUUAUGUUAUUUAUUUUAAACAUGAAACGUGCAUAAUGUGUGUGAUUACCGAACACCGGCACUGUCUUUUGUAGUCCGUGAGUUUCCUUUGUUUGUACCUCGACGUCUUCGCUUUCAUCUGUGAAGUCACUUUUUUGUUUGUUAUUUAUUUGUUCAUAAUGCCUAGACUUCGAUAUCUAAGGGCGAUGGUUUUUGUCCUAGGUGUUUGUUAUUAGAUAGUUUUAUAGUCAAUAACGGCACGUUUCAUGUUUCUGUUUGAACAAUAUGUCACAUGUUAGAAUGUGAAUUGUCACACGAAAAAGGACCAUCUUGCUAAUACCUUCAACUUUCAUUCAAGUCGCAGAAUAUCAUUUUCUGUGCAUUUUAGCUUCAUUUUACAAAGCCAAACCUAGUUCACAAAUGUACAUUUUCUACGAACAGUUACAUUCUAAAAACUUGCAAAAAACGGUCAGAAUCUACAAAAUGGUUCUUCCUUGAGUGACAAUUCGUAUAUUUAUAGAAAUUCAAUGACAUAAUUAUUGACGUCAUGGCUACAUUUGUCUUGUUGAAGAUGCUUGUAAAAUUAGUUAAAGUAUUAUGUAUUCUUAGUCGUUAACGUCCGCGUCUUGUGGAAAAAUGUGUUUUAAACGUAGAUAUACAUAUAUUGUAUAUAUAGUUUGUAACUGACAGUUGUGAAACGUCCGCGUUUUUGUGGUAAAUUUUGAACGUUGAUACGUAUUUGUGUACAUUCAUAAGUAACAACAUCCACGUUUUGUAUGUUUGCAAUAUUUAUUAGCUUUCUUUUCUUGUCUAAUGAAAGCAAACAAUAUCGGUAGGGUUACUAUUUACGAGAGAAAACAAAGUCAUGUUCUCUUUUUGUUUUAUGUUUACGAAGCACGCAAAAUGAAUAAUUAAGGAGACCAGAUAAGUGGUUCAAGACAUGUGAAAACUUAAAUUUAUGAUAUAUAAAUAGAGCUUGGAGGCUGCUUAUCUAUAUAAGUGGUCACAUUUUCUGUAAAACUAUAGUCCUCGCGUGACUUUGCAUUUUCUCGCGUGCGUGACUUCAAUCUCGUUAGAUAAUUCUAAUCAAUCGUUCUGGGCAUCAGUGUGUCGGAAACGCUUGUCAGUGUUUCAUUUACCAGACGACAUUUAGAGUGACUUAUGACGUCACGUUUGGUCAAAUCGAAUUGGUCAAACAUGCAAUAUAAUGUGUGUUCUAAAUUUCGGUAUAGGGAAAAAUAUGUGUUCUAACAUUAUUAAUUACACAAACUUACAUGCAUUCCCAAUGCGUGAAGAAGGUGAUGGGUUUUGUGUUCUGACACAGUCAUUUUCUCUGGGGAAAACGGCAUUGUUUCUAAAAGUUGCGCGUGACUUUUAACAUCUUAACAUAGUAGAUUAUGUUAUUGUUUCCCAUGAAACAUUUCUUUAAGAAACGUUUUUAAGUGUUCUUGUCAUAAUAGAAGGGUAAUAAACGAACGCUACUUAGGUAUUGAGUAGAUUGCGGUCAACCUUGGAGAGAAUUUGCCCUUAAUUAAUUGACUUAGAGGUAGAUCACUUACUAAGAUGUCCUCUAGGAAUACACGCGAGAGCUACAUUUUCGUUUAUAACGUUUAUGAGGUGGGUUGGGUGGGAAUGGAUCGCAAGAGAUGAAAGUUUUUCGCCCAGAUUGAGCGCUGUGAUAAAUUUAUGCAUUUAUAAUGUUUGAUUUUUGGUGCAAUAUGUUUUAUGAAUACUUCUUCCGUCAUAUCUUGUAUUUCAUUUCUGGCAGAAGGUCAAUAUCUUACGUUCUGUUUGGCAUUUUGAUGUUUGAAUUCUUGCGCGCAAUGAAUCGAUUAUGUUUUGCAUUUUUUCGAUUUGCUAGUGAUACUUUACGCAACAUGAUAGUAAAACAAUUAACAAUGCCAUUGUAUUAUAAUGAUCAAAAUGGCGUCGACAUUUCCACGCUAUCAGCUCACAAUUACAACACGCAAAAAAUUAAAUGAAAUAAUAAACUGCAACAACUAGCAUCCAAUAAAUGUCAAUGCAACAGAUGGUGCGCAAAUUUAUUUAGUACAAAGCCUUGGCAUUUUGAGGACAAGUAACUUUCAAGACAACAAGACCUAGUUUUAACAAUAUUGGUUGGAGUUGUUUGAGAUUUUUUUGCACUAUGUUCAAAACAUUUCAAAAAAUCUAAAAGGUAUACCAUAAUUAUUAUUGUUAUUAUCAUUAUUAUAAUAAUAAUUAUUAUUAUUAUUAUUAUUGUUGUUGUUGUUGUUACUGUCGUCAUCAUCAACAACAACAACAACAACAACAUCAUCAUCAUUAUCAUCACCAUUAUUAUUAUUAUUGUUAUUAUUAUUAUUAUUAUCAUUGUUGUUCUUGUUCUUAUUGUUGUUGUUAUUAUUAUUAUUAUUAUGUGCAUCAUCAUUAUUUCUAUCAGUAACAGAUUUUUUAAACUGAUCUAUUUUAAAUAUGUAUACAUAUAAUAGAAGAUUUUGAUCUAGGAAAGAGCUUAAUCAACAAAAAAAUCAUCAAAGGAUAACAUUUUUACGUUGAAUUGACAGAACUAAAAUGAUUUUAAUGAAAUCUUCUUAAAGGCGUAUACUGAACAUUUUAUUGGUUAAUCAAUACGCGGCUUCGCAUUUUAUUCUAGUCAGAAACGCAAAGUAUGUGAACAUUUCACUAUGUGAUAUACGCAUUUAUUGUUCUGAUAACUUCAUGUUAUUUGUAAUGAUGCAGUACUGUUACUUCUAUCUGUUGUUGUUACUGAAAAAUAAAACAAGAAAAACCUGUA